AGUUCUCUGAGGUGGAGUGAUAAAAAAAUCAUGUGUGGUUCAUGAGAGUAUUACAUGUUCAUUUUUUUCUCCUCUUUUUGGGCUUUUCUGGUUUUUGGCAUGAUGCUACGUAAUUAUUUCAAAAAUUUCCUUUUGGUCAAUCCCAAAUCUGCCAGCUUGUUGUAUCUUAUUUAUUGGGGAAAAUGAGAUGGUUGCUUGAAUGUUUGCUUGGCUGAAGAAGAAAUAAAAGCAGAGCAGGACGUAGUGGAAGGGAUGGAUAUCUCCACUCGAUCCAAAGAUCCUGGCUCUGCUGAACGUACAGCUCAAAAAAGGAAGUUUCCAAGUCCGCCACACUCUUCUAAUGGUCAUUCCCCUGAAGAUUCAUCAACAAGCCCAAUUAAAAAGAAAAAGAAACCUGGCUUAUUGAACAGCAAUAAUAAAGAACAGUCAGAACUAAGACAUGGUCCGUUUUACUAUAUGAAGCAGCCACUCACCACAGACCCUGUUGAUGUUGUACCGCAGGAUGGACGGAAUGAUUUCUAUUGCUGGGUUUGUCAUCGGGAAGGCCAAGUCCUCUGCUGUGAACUCUGCCCUCGGGUUUAUCAUGCUAAGUGUCUGAAACUGACAGCGGAGCCAGAGGGGGAUUGGUUUUGCCCAGAAUGUGAGAAAAUUACUGUAGCAGAAUGCAUAGAAACACAGAGUAAAGCUAUGACAAUGCUCACUAUUGAACAGCUAUCCUACUUGCUCAAGUUUGCACUACAAAAAAUGAAACAGCCAGGGACAGAGCCAUUUCAAAAGCCAGUUUCACUGGACCAGCAUCCAGAUUAUGCAGAAUACAUCUUUCAUCCAAUGGACCUUUGUACGUUAGAAAAGAAUGUUAAAAAGAAGAUGUAUGGUUGCACUGAAGCCUUUCUGGCUGAUGCCAAAUGGAUUUUGCACAAUUGCAUUAUUUACAAUGGGGGAAAUCACAAAUUGACACAAACAGCAAAAGUCAUAAUUAAAAUCUGUGAACAUGAGAUGAAUGAAAUUGAAGUAUGUCCAGAAUGUUAUUUAGCUGCUUGCCAAAAACGAGAAAAUUGGUUUUGUGAACCUUGUAGCAAUCCACACCCAUUGGUUUGGGCUAAACUCAAGGGUUUCCCAUUCUGGCCGGCUAAAGCACUGAGAGAUAAAGAUGGUCAAGUUGAUGCUCGUUUCUUUGGUCAACAUGACAGAGCCUGGGUUCCAGUAAAUAAUUGCUACCUCAUGUCUAAAGAAAUUCCUUUUUCUGUGAAAAAGACUAAAAGCAUAUUCAACAGUGCAAUGCAAGAGAUGGAGGUUUAUGUGGAGAACAUUCGUAGAAAGUUUGGCGUAUUUAAUUAUGCACCUUUCCGGACACCAUAUACUCCCAACAAUCAGUACCAAAUGUUGUUAGACCCUUCAAAUCCUGGGGCUGGAACUGCUAAGACAGAUAAACAAGAGAAAAUCAAACUUAAUUUUGAUAUGACAGCAUCACCCAAGAUUUUAAUGAGCAAACCUAUGCUAAGUAGCAGUACUGGACGAAGAAUUUCCCUAACAGACAUGCCACGUUCACCAAUGAGUACAAAUUCAUCAGUACACACUGGAUCUGAUGUGGAACAGGAUGGAGAGAAAAAAGCAACGUCUAGUCACUUUAGUGCAAGUGAAGAGUCCAUGGAUUUUAUUGAUAAAAGUACGGCUUCUCCAGCACCAACAAGGACAGGCCAAACUGGAAGCUUGUCGGGUAGUCCCAAACCUUUCUCUCCUCAACCAUCAACUCCUACAGCUGCAAAGCAAGAAAGAACAUCUACUCCAGGCAGCAUUCUUAAUCUUAAUCUUGAUCGUAGUAAAGCUGAAAUGGAUCUGAAAGAGUUGAGUGAAUCUGUCCAGCAGCAAUCUACUCCUGUGCCACUGAUUUCACCAAAACGACAAAUUCGCAGCAGAUUCCAGCUGAAUCUUGACAAAACAAUAGAGAGUUGUAAAGCACAACUAGGAAUCAAUGAAAUAUCUGAAGAUGUUGCAGUAGAGCAUAGUGACUCAGAGGAUUCUGAAAAGUCAGACUCCAGUGAUAGUGAAUAUAUCAGUGAUGAUGAACAGAAGUCCAAAAAUGAUCAGGAAGAAGAAGAAAAAGAAGGUAUAAGAAAUGAUAAAGAAUCUUUAAUUGUGAAAAAAAAACUAAAGCCACCAACACCAACAGAAGAAAAAGAGGAAAUUAAAAGUACAAGCUCAGAAGUGGAGAAAAUAAAUAGCCCUGCCAAAGAGAAGGCAAAUGUAGACUCUGAUAAAGAGCUUACAGAAAAAGUGAAAAAUUUGUCACAUCCUGCAAAGGAAAAAUUGAAAACUAAAGAGGAGACGGACUCUCCAACAGUGCAUCUUGGUCUAGAUUCUGAUUCAGAAAAUGAGCUGGUUAUUGACCUAGGUGAAGACCAGUGUGGUCGUGAGGGACGAAAAAACAAAAAAGAAGUCAAGGAAUCGCCUCCUAAACAAGAAGCUGCAGCUAAAACCCCAAUUCCUUCAAGUGUCAACAGUCAGCCUCCAGUUGAAACCCACGUGCUUACUCGAUCAGCAUCCCAGACACCCCCAGCCGGUGUUACAGCUACGACAAGUGCUGCUUCUGCUGUCAGCACUCCAGCUGCAGCUACUGGCAGUCCAGUAAAAAAGCAGAGACCUCUCCUACCAAAGGAAACCGUCCCAGCUGUGCAGCGGGUAGUAUGGAAUUCUUCAAACAAAUUUCAGACUUCUUCCCAGAAAUGGCAUAUGCAGAAGGUGCAAAGGCAGCAACAGCAGCAGCAGCAGCAGCAGAAUCAGCAGCAGCAGCCUCAGUCUUCCCAAGGAACAAGAUACCAGACAAGACAAGCAGUGAAAGCUGUACAGCAAAAAGAAAUUACUCAGAGUACUUCAACGUCAACUAUCACCCUGGUUACAAGCACUCAGCCUGUUUCUAUAGUAACCAGUUCUGGAUCAGCAAAUACACUUUCAUCUUCAGUUAAUACAGACUUGCCAAUAGCAACUGCUUCAGCAGAUGUGGCUGCAGAUAUUGCUAAGUAUACUAGUAAAAUGAUGGAUGCUAUAAAAGGAACAAUGACUGAAAUAUAUAAUGACCUUUCAAAAAAUACUACUGGAAGCACAAUUGCUGAGAUUCGUCGUCUGAGAAUUGAAAUUGAAAAGCUUCAGUGGUUACAUCAGCAAGAGCUCUCAGAAAUGAAACAUAAUCUGGAACUCACAAUGGCUGAAAUGCGACAAAGCUUAGAGCAAGAAAGAGAUCGUUUAAUUGCAGAAGUGAAGAAACAACUGGAAUUGGAAAAGCAACAAGCUGUAGAUGAGACCAAAAAGAAACAGUGGUGUGCCAACUGCAAAAAAGAGGCCAUCUUUUACUGUUGUUGGAAUACCAGCUAUUGUGACUAUCCUUGCCAACAAGCUCAUUGGCCAGAACAUAUGAAAUCUUGUACACAAUCAGCUACUGCAACACAGCAAGAGACAGAUAGUGAAGUUAGUUCAGAAACAUUAAACAAAGCAUCCCAACCUGGUUCCAGUGCACAGCCUGCACCUACAGAAACAACCAGUGCUCCAAAAGAAAAAGAGGCAGCUGUGGAAAAAAGCAAGGAAAGUGUUACGAUAGCAACAGGUGUGACAAGCAGCCAGCCUAUAAAGUUGGUCCAGGUACCGCAGACCACUACCUAUAUGCCAACUACUCAACCCACAAGUACCAUUCCGGUAGUAGUAAGUCCUACAGCUGGGACUGUGGCAAUGAGAACAGGAGUUCAGUACGUUCAAACGACCAUGCCUGUCCAAGUACGAAGAGUCUAACUGCUAAUAAAGGAGACCAGGCAACUGUUGGAACAAUAAUAAUCUCUUCAUUAGAAAUGUGAAAAAAAAAUGCCUACAGUUUUUUGGAUUAACCUCAAAGGUUGAGACUUUUACUUUUGUACAUGUGUACAAAGCAUUAACUACACUACAUUAAUGUAAAGCAUUAGUGUUGGCUUUAAAAAGCCAGAGGACUGAUAAAAUUGAUGAUAAAUCUAUACUGUUGUAAAUUAUGUACAAUUUGUGGAUGACAUUAAGAGUGCCAUCCCUUUUUUAUAUUUGUACUGACUUUAGCACAUGUUGGAAAUUUGUGAAGGAAAGACUAAAUCAGGCUUGCCUAAAUGUCAUCAAGAGGAAUGAUCUUCUGGGAAUGACAGUUGCACAUAGAAACCGUUCUUCCUCUUUAGAGUUUAAAGAAGAGAAGAUCCGGAAUAGUUGGCUUGUAUUUGGAAAAGAAGACAAUGCUCUGUGUGUGCAACUGAAAUUAGUACUGGCAAUUUUUAAAAAAAAUAAUUUUCAAUCUUUGGGUCUCAAGUACAUUAAACAGCAAAUUUUGUGUAGCGUAUUUAAUGUGAGAGAGAAUGUUUACAAAAAAUAAAGUUUUGUUAAUACUAAAGAAAAGGAAACAAGAACCUUAAUAACAGUUGGCAAUACAGUAAUCAAAUAUUUUGGACACAAGUGGAUCUGGGAGAUACCCUUCCUACUGGGUUUACACACACAUACAUAUCCAUACAAGCUUUUCUGGAGGACUUUGGAAAAAGGGAACACAAGAAUAAGAAAUGGGCAGGUCGCUUGGGAAAAUGGGUAAAAGACAUUGAUGCUGGGCUAGAGCAUGUAUUAUGGGAUUUUUUUAUGUUUUUAUGUGAGCAUGAAGCAGUACAGUAUGAGAGAGAAAGUAAUCCAUGAAAACACUGUCUGUUACACUUAUACUGUAGUAUCAUUUUGUAUGUUGUAUAAACAAAAGCAUUGAACAAAGCAAGAUGAUGUAUGUAUAUGAGCAAAUUUAAUUGUAUGAUAUCAUUCCAGUACAUUUUGUUGUACAUUUUAGUCAUAAUUGAUUUCUCCCAUUGUUUAUACAGAAUGCAGUCUGUACAGUCUCCAGCUAGUAUGCACAUUAGAGGAAAGAAAACAAAAAUGAACAGGAAAAAAAAAUCAAGAGCAGACUAUUUGUGAAUUGCAGUUGUGUCAAAGAUAGCCUAGCUGGCCUUAUUUGUGAAGCAUAAUUGCUUUUAGCAUAUGGAAGUAUUUUUUCACAUUUUCUUUGUAUAAAAUUUGUAUUAAACUAAAUAUCUUUUUUGCUUA